CCGACAAUAUGGCAGCGCCUAUAGCGAUUCACCUGGAGUUUGGAGGAGGAGCAGAGCUGCUAUUUAAUGGCGUGAAGGAACAUCAUGUGACUCUUCCAAGCCAGUCAGAACCUUGGGACAUGAAGCAGCUGCUGGUCUGGAUCCAACGGAACCUGCUGAAGGAAAGGCCUGAGCUCUUUGUCCAAGGAGAGUCUGUGAGACCUGGGAUUCUCGUACUUAUCAAUGAUGCAGACUGGGAACUAAUGGGGGAGCUGGAUUACCAACUACAAGACCAAGACAAUGUUGUGUUUAUUUCUACUCUACAUGGAGGAUAGACAGUGAGCGAGGAAUGCAAACAUAUCCGUGACAUCUCUGUAACAGCCUUUACUCCACAUCCUCUUCACUCUUUCCCCCCACAUGCCAACAACACGUCACCCCAUUGGAUGCUGUGAAUGUGUCAACCAUGCUCCGUGGCGACUGAGGUGAUUGAUGCUAGUCCGCAGGAAUGAGUGGAAAUUCAGAGAUGGCUACUGAGAAAAAUGUGGAAGCCGUGAGACAGGAAUUCAGGGACAUUUUGAAAAUACCAACAUUUUUUUUUUUUUAUAGAAUCAGACUGGACAGGCUCAGUGAGCAGUGAUACGACGCUGUGGUUGUACUGGUCAGCUCACAGAUGCAUAAAGAUCUACAGUUAGUGUGUGUACCUUAUUCUCCCUGCAGUGUCUCUUCCAACAUGACUGAAAAACAAAAUGACCUCAUCAUGAAUUCUAAAAUAACUUUCUGGUCCAGAGAAUAUUGAAGACAAGAUAACAUCCCCAGUAAUUAGCAUUUAUAAGCUGCAUAUAAACAAUUCAUAAAUUGUUCAUAACACACUAUAAUGUAGUUGUAUGCAGAUGUGACAUUUUAAGUGUUUAUUAAUGUAUUUGUCAAUAAUUGUAACCUUUCAUAUAACACAUCUUUUAUGUGAUUACAACUGUUAGUGUAAUUCUUUAUCUUUAGAUACACCAGCAGCAACUUAUGAAUGCCUCACAGGUGGAGCUAUAGGUUAUACAUUAAUAAACACCUAAAAAUUUACUUUUAGCUUGUUACACCUACAUCAUAGUUUAUAAACUGUUUAUGAAAUGUUUAUGUAGUACUUAUAAAUACUAAUGUUGAAAUAAAUAAGUUUUUUCUUU